UGAAUUUGAUAGUGGUCACUUGUCACUCCAGCAAAUCAAGUCCAGCCAUCUUCAGAUUCUAGUAUCCGCUAGUGCACUUACAGCAAACGGUUGCUGUGAUCACAAACGCAGCUUCCCAGGUUCUCCUGUCGCCGCGUAUUCAGUGUGGUUCCCAACUAUGGAGACGCUUACUGUCCCUUCCAUGUCAAUUUCAGUGAAGCCGAUUCGAGGCGCUCCAAUCGGCGUCAAGAGCCUUUCAGGCCAGCGUGUGACACUACCGUCAGCCACGUCACUCAAGCUCCAAACCAUGUCAUCCAAGCUCCCCCUGCGAACUCGCGCGGCCGCUGCAUCAGGCGGCGCUAGCAGCGGCGCAAGCAGCAGCACGGUAGCGCCAGCGGAAGUACCGCGGGUGAAGCUGGGGAGGACGGACGUGGAGGUGCCGGUCAUCGGUGUGGGUGCGUGGGCGUGGGGCGACAAGUUCUUCUGGAACGACGGCGAGUGGAACGAACGCAACGUGCGCGAUGCGAAGCAGGCAUUCGACUCGGCCAUGGACGCUGGGCUCAACUUCAUUGACACUGCCGAGGUCUACGGGACCAAACAGUUUGGUGCUGACGACUCAGAGUCACUACUUGGCAGGUUCAUUAAGGAACGAGCAGCCAAGAGCAAGGCAGGGGAUUCGACACCCAUUGUUGCGACAAAGUUUGCCGCCCUGCCCUGGCGUUUUGGGCGGGAAUCUGUGGUAACCGCAGUGAAGGAUUCUCUGAGACGCCUGCAGCUUGACUGCGUUGACCUGUACCAGCUGCACUGGCCUGGCGUGUGGGGCAACGAGGGCUACAUCGACGGCUUGGCAGACUGUGUGGACAAGGGACUAGUGAAGGCAGUAGGGGUCUCCAAUUACAAGUUGGAUCGCCUGCAGCAGGCGCACCAGCAGCUGGCGAAGAGAGGGGUGCCCCUUGCCUCCAACCAGGUCCACUACAACAUCUUGUAUCGAGUCCCUGAGAGCAACGGUGUGAAGAAGGCGUGUGAGGACCUUGGAGUCACUCUCAUUGCCUACAGCCCCCUCUCCCAAGGUGUCCUCAGUGGCAAGUACUCUCCCCAGAAGCCCCCCACGGGUCCCCGUGCCAACUCUUACUCGCCUGACUUUAUCCGAAAGGCCCAGCCUCUUCUUAAACGUAUGGCAGAGCUGGGGGAGAAGUACGGCGGGCGAACCAAAACACAGGUGGCACUGAACUGGCUUAUUGUGCAGGGCAACAUUGUUCCCAUCCCAGGGGCGAAGAACAGAGCACAGGCUGAUGAAUUUGCUGGGGCACUGGGAUGGUCAUUAACUCCGGAGGAGGUUGAGGAGCUCAGGGAACUUGGGUCACGUGCACCACAAGUACAAGGUUUCCCUGCUGAAGCAUUCUAAAACACGAGAUUUCAUCGUUACAACAAUCGCAGUGCAAAGAUUUAUUUAUGGGUUGAUAACGGCAAUACUCACCAUCAUUUGUAUUUGUUUGAAGAACUUGUAUCCCCACGUUAAAUGUCCUUACAUUCUGAUGGUUGUGAAGUC